AUGCGCGCAAUCUCAGUAAAGGACGGCCAUGGUCCAGCAUCUGCCAUGUUCAUUGACGACUCGGUCCCAGACCCAGUCGUCAGAAAUGAUCGAAUUCUCGUUCAUAUCAAGGCCUUUGGUCUGAAUCGUAUGGAUAUCUGGCAGCGACGGGCAAAUUACCCCUACAAGCUUCCUGAGGAGACACAUGGCAACGUUAUGGGCGUCGAGUUCAGUGGAAUUGUGCUAGACUUGGGCCCGGAGUGUUCAUCGGGGACGUUCCAUGUGGGAGACAGGGUCUUUGGUUUAGUGUAUGGGGGUGCUUACGCUGAAAAAGUAACAAUCUCCGAGAAGAUGCUCAUGCCUCUUCCAUCUGAGAUAUCAUUUGAAGAAGGAGCCGGUAUACCCGAGACUUUCUUUACAGCCAUCCAGGCAAUUCACCUUGUGGGGUCCAUACCACCCAACGCCAAUGUACUCAUCCACGCCGGGGCAUCUGGCGUUGGGCAAUCUGCCAUACAACUUGCUCAGUUGGCUGGAGCAAACAAAAUUUUCACCACCGCAGGUACCCCUGAGAAAUGUGAAUUGGUCAAGUCUCUCGGCGCAGAUUUUGCCAUUAACUACCGUGCCGGAGAAGACUUUGCGGAGGUAGUGGCUCGAGAGACUGACGGGAAAGGGGUGGAUCUUAUCGUAGAUCUAAUUGGGACAGACUAUUGGGAAAGAAAUGUCAAGUCGGCAGCAGUGGAUUCGAGAAUUGUGAUCAUUGCAUUGAUGAGUGGGAGCAAGAUUCCGGACUUCGACAUGCGGCCGCUGCUAACCAAGAGAGUUUGGAUAUGCACGACUACUUUGAGAGUGAGACAGCCAAAAUAUCAAGUAAAAGUGAAGGAGUUUUUUGUUGAAAACAUUCUUCCGGCGCUGGUUGAACGAAAAAUUAAGACAGUUGUCGACAGAAUUUACAGCUGGAGCCAGAUCGGAGAGGCACACGAGAGGAUGGAGGCAAAUCAGAACGCUGGGAAAAUAAUUUGCACUGUUGAUUAA